UUCUUGCUUGGGUUGGGGGUGUUGUUCUCCUACUUCUACCACUUGACAGUUAAGAAAUCAGAGCAGUUAAAUCCUGGCCGUUGAUAUCGCUUUCUAAAAAAAAGAAACCACUUCAGCUUUGAGUGAGCAUAGUGGAGACUGGAGAGUAUAAUAGCUUUUUAUAAUUUGAGCAAAGCUAGCUAGCUCUGUGAAAAACCAAAGAGAAUGGAGAAUUACCUGAAUGAGAAUUUCGGAGAGGUGAAAGCCAAGAAUUCAUCGGAGGAAGCGCUUCAGAGAUGGAGGAAGCUUUGCUGGCUUGUUAAGAACCGCAAGAGGAGGUUUCGGUUCACUGCCAACCUCUCUAAGCGAUUCGAAGCUGAGGCUAUCAGACGCUCCAAUCAGGAGAAAUUCAGAGUUGCAGUGUUGGUAUCGCAAGCUGCUCUUCAGUUUAUCCAUGGUUUAAGUUUGUCAAGUGAGUACACUGUACCAGAGGAAGUUAAAGCUGCAGGUUUUGAAAUCUGCGCCGAUGAGCUAGGAUCAAUUGUAGAAGGACGCGAUGUGAAGAAAUUGAAAAUUCAUGGUGGGGUUGAAGGAAUCGCUAACAAACUUGAUACCUCUGUCAAUGAUGGCAUAUCAACAUCUGAGCACAUUCUGCAAAAGAGGAAAGAUAUUUAUGGAAUUAAUAAAUUCACGGAAAGCCCACCCCAGGGAUUUUGGGUUUAUGUAUGGGAAGCCCUUCAAGAUACAACUCUUAUGAUACUUGCUGUAUGUGCUUUGGUCUCUUUGGUGGUUGGAAUAGUCAUGGAAGGAUGGCCCAAGGGUGCACAUGACGGACUUGGUAUUGUUGCAAGCAUAUUGCUUGUGGUGUUUGUUACUGCCACUAGUGAUUACAGACAAUCCUUGCAGUUUAAGGAUCUAGAUAAAGAGAAGAAAAAAAUUGUGGUGCAGGUCACACGAAAUGGUUGUAGACAGAAGCUUUCAAUAUAUGAUUUACUUCCUGGGGAUAUUGUACAUCUUAAUAUUGGAGACCAGGUCCCUGCUGAUGGGCUUUUUGUCUCUGGUUUCUCUCUGUUAAUAAAUGAAUCAAGUUUGACUGGAGAGAGUGAACCAGUGAAUGUCAGUAACCUAAAUCCUUUUCUUCUCUCAGGAACCAAAGUUCAGGAUGGAUCGUGCAAGAUGCUUGUGACAACUGUUGGAAUGAGAACCCAGUGGGGUAAACUAAUGGCUACUCUAAGUGAAGGGGGAGAUGAUGAAACUCCACUGCAGGUUAAACUCAAUGGUGUAGCUACUAUUAUUGGGAAAAUUGGCCUUUUUUUUGCUGUUGUGACUUUUUCUGUGUUGGUCCAAGGACUGUUCAGCCGCAAGCUGCGAGAAGGAUCCCAGUGGACAUGGUCUGGUGAUGAUGCCAUGGAAAUUGUGGAGUUCUUUGCUAUUGCAGUUACUAUUGUUGUCGUUGCUGUCCCAGAAGGUUUACCUUUAGCUGUUACAUUGAGUCUUGCUUUUGCCAUGAAAAAGAUGAUGAAUGAUAAGGCACUUGUUCGUAAUUUGGCUGCUUGUGAGACAAUGGGCUCUGCCACUACUAUCUGCAGUGACAAGACUGGCACACUAACUACUAACCAUAUGACUGUUGUAAAAGCUUGCAUAUGUGGGAAGAUUAAAGAAGUAAAGGGCUCUAAAGUGCCUUCUGAUUUCUCAUCUGAUAUUCCUGAUUCUGCUGUGACAAUUUUACUUCAAUCAAUAUUUAACAACACUGGGGGAGAAGUUGUAAAGAACAUGGAUGAGAAGGUUGAGAUUCUGGGAUCCCCGACAGAGACUGCACUCUUGGAAUUUGGGCUGUCACUUGGAGGUGAUUUCCACAAGGAGCGACAAGCAGUGAAACUUGUGAAAAUUGAACCAUUUAACUCUCUAAAGAAGCGCAUGGGAGUGGUUCUACAGCUUCCUGAAGGUAGCUUCAGAGCACAUUGCAAAGGUGCAUCUGAAAUAAUUCUUGCUGCAUGUGAAAAGGUUGUGAACUCAAAUGGUGAGGUUGUUCCUCUUGAAGAAGACUCUAUCAAUUACUUGAAGGAUACGAUCGAAAAAUUUGCUGAUGAAGCUCUCCGGACCCUUUGCCUUGCAUAUGUGGAUAUUGAUGAUCAUUUUUCAGUUGAGACUCCUAUCCCCAAUAGAGGUUACACAUGUAUAGGAAUUGUGGGUAUUAAAGAUCCUGUUCGUCCUGGAGUUCGAGAGUCUGUUGCCAUUUGUAGGUCAGCUGGUGUUACUGUUAGGAUGGUUACUGGAGACAACAUAAACACUGCAAAGGCUAUUGCUAGAGAAUGUGGAAUUUUAACGGAUGGAAUUGCAAUUGAAGGCCCUGAGUUCCGUGAAAAGAGUGAAGAAGAAUUGCUUAAAAUAAUUCCAAAACUUCAGGUGAUGGCUCGAUCUUCUCCCAUGGAUAAGCAUUCCCUGGUGAAACAAUUGAGGACAACGUUUGAAGAGGUUGUUUCAGUUACCGGUGAUGGUACAAAUGACGCACCUGCACUUCAUGAAGCAGAUAUUGGGCUUGCAAUGGGCAUUUCCGGAACUGAGGUGGCAAAAGAAAGCGCUGAUGUCAUAAUACUGGAUGAUAAUUUUUCAACUAUUGUGACUGUGGCCAAAUGGGGCCGAUCUGUCUACAUAAACAUACAGAAAUUUGUGCAGUUCCAGCUAACUGUAAACAUUGUUGCUUUGAUUGUCAACUUCUCGUCUGCCUGUUUGACUGGAAAUGCUCCCCUCACUGCUGUUCAACUUCUAUGGGUCAACAUGAUUAUGGACACUCUUGGAGCACUUGCUCUAGCCACUGAACCUCCUACUGAUGAUUUGAUGAAAAGACCACCUGUCGGUAGGAAAGGAAACUUUAUCAGUAAUGUGAUGUGGAGGAAUAUCUUGGGGCAGUCUGUAUAUCAGUUUGCUGUACUUUGGUUCCUCCAGACAAGAGGAAAAGCAGCUUUUCAUCUUGAUGGACCAGAUUCAGAAUUGAUAUUGAAUACACUCAUUUUCAACUCAUUUGUGUUCUGUCAGGUUUUCAAUGAGAUCAGUUCCAGAGAUAUGGAGAAGAUUAAUGUUUUUGAAGGUAUAUUGAAGAAUUAUGUGUUUGUAGCGGUCCUCACUUGCACUGUCAUCUUCCAAAUCAUAAUUGUCGAAUUUUUGGGCACCUUUGCAAACACCUCCCCACUUACCUUGAAGCAGUGGUUUGGUAGUGUUUUCUUUGGAGUCCUUGGAAUGCCAAUUGCAGCAGCUUUAAAAAUGAUACCUGUGGGAUCUACCUAAAAUCAAUGCAGACAGAUUAGGUACAUUCUUCCUCAUUCUGUGUUCUCAAACGUAUACCAAGGAUCUUUUUUGCCUAUUGCCUCUUUAAAUAGAAACCAAUUUUACCAAGUGUUCUUUGUGGGAAGUCUGGUGGGCUAACAAAUUAGAGGAGGCUAAACUUGCUACUUGUUGCUGGAGUUGGAGGAGAGAAAAUAUACAUUUUGCAUGCUUGUUGUGACUAUUUAAAGUUAUAUAAACUUAAACAUUUCAUACAAUGAGGUUAGUUUGUGUUUUACAGGAUGUAAUUUCUGUUAAUUGGAUUUAUUUAUUAUUCUUUAUGAUUUGUUGUAGCCCGCCUACAGUUUCCUUUUAUUUAUUAAGUAAUCACAGAUGAAUUCCUUACAAA